CACGGCUCACUUUAACACCCCCCCAUCCCGUCUCUCUCUCUCUCUCUCUCUCUCUCUCUCUCUCUCUCUCUCUCUCUCUCUCUCUCUCUCUCUCUCUCUCUCUCACUCUCUCUGGAGGGAGUGUGAUGUGCUGCGCGCUUCUGCCGUCCCCUCUACCCUCUAAGAGCGGAUCUUCUGUCGGUGCCUCCGCCACGCCGCCGCUCGGCUCGUGAAUGGCCCUGACAUGGAGGAAGUCCCGUUUCAGAAAGUCAAAACGCGGCGGAAGCGGAGCCGCCGCUGUCCGCCCGGUGUGCCCGUGACCGCUAUCGCGUGCGAGGACGAGUUCGACUGUAAGGAGCUCGAGUCGCUGUUCCGCACCUACAACCUGAAGCUGGAGCAGACCUCGGCGCUCAAGGCGCUCGCCGUGCUUGCUGCGUUGGCGUGUGCGCUCGCAGCGUUCGAGGCGCUCUCCGGUCCGGGCCUGGCUGUCGCCAAGGCAUCGCAUCCGGCACACGGCGUCGUCUUCGCGUCGCUCUUUGUCGUGGCCAACGUCAAGUACCUGCGCGUGGGUCAGCUGCAGCAGAUCGUCAGCCUCACGCUUCUGUUCGCCUUCACCUUCGCUCUGCUCUGCUGCCCGUUCCCGCCCGUGGCGCCCAGUUCCCACACGCCGUCGCCGGCGCCCGAGCAAGGAGUCUGGCAGCUCGCGCUUGUCACUUUCGUCGCGUAUGCGCUGCUUCCGGUGAGGACCCUCCUGGCCGUAACCUUCGGCAUCAUGGUGUCCAUCUCCCACAUCGUGGUCACGGCAACGUCGGUCACGGCCAAGACGCAAAAGCUGUGGAGAGCUCUGGUGGCCAACACGGUGCUCUUCACCAGCGUCAAUCUGUCCGGUCUGUUUGUGCGCAUCCUCACUGAGCGUUCUCAGAGAAAGGCCUUCCUGCAGGCACGCAACUGCAUCGAGGAGAGACUGCGCAUGGAGGAUGAGAACGAAAAGCAGGAGCGACUGUUGAUGAGCCUCUUACCAAGGAACGUGGCUAUGGAGAUGAAGGAAGACUUCCUGAAACCUCCCGAACGGAUUUUUCACAAGAUCUACAUCCAGCGUCAUGACAACGUCAGCAUCCUGUUUGCGGACAUCGUGGGCUUCACCAGCCUGGCGUCACAGUGCACGGCUCAGGAGUUGGUGAAGCUGCUCAACGAGCUCUUUGGAAAGUUCGACGAGCUCGCCACAGAGAACCACUGCAGGCGCAUUAAGAUUCUGGGUGACUGCUACUACUGUGUGUCAGGACUGACGCAGCCCAAAACUGACCACGCUCACUGCUGCGUGGAGAUGGGGCUCGAUAUGAUCGACACCAUAACGUCAGUGGCGGAGGCGACGGAGGUGGACCUGAACAUGCGUGUGGGUUUACACACAGGUCGUGUGCUCUGCGGUGUUCUGGGGCUCAGGAAGUGGCAGUAUGAUGUCUGGUCCAACGACGUGACCCUGGCCAACGUGAUGGAGGCUGGAGGGCUACCUGGGAAAGUGCACAUUACUCGCGCCACGCUGGAGUGCCUGAACGGUGACUACGAGGUGGAGCCAGGAAACGGGCGAGAGAGGAACGCCUUCCUGCAGAAACACGACAUCGAGACCUUCUUUAUAGUGCCAUCUCACCGCAGAAAGAUCUUUCCCGGAUUGAUCCUUUCCGACAUCAAACCUGCCAAAAAGAUGAAGUUUAAAACGGUGUGCUACCUGCUGGUGCAGCUCAUGCACUGCCGUAAGAUGUUCAAGGCUGAGAUCCCCUUUUCCAACGUGAUGAACUGUGAGGACGGGGACAAGAGGAGAGUUCUGCGAUCGGCUCCGGAGAAGCUGCGUAAUCGGACCUCGGUUGCGGCCAACGUGACCCAGAACAGCCCCGGCACGAGGGUCAACCGCUACAUCGGCCGCUUGAUCGAGGCGCGUCAGACAGAGUCGGACACAACUGACUUAAACUUCCUCACGCUCAUGUACAAGUGCUCGGAGCGGGAAAAGAAGUAUCACCUCAUCCAUGACGAGCACUUCACCAGCGCUGUGGUGCUGUCGCUAAUCCUCUCUGCCUUGUUAGGCCUUGUCUACCUUCUCAUCAUGCCACAGGGGACAGUAGUGUUGGUGUUGCUGGUGUUCUGCAUCUGUUUCCUCGUAGCUUGUAUCAUGUACCUGCAUGUCACUAGAGUGCAGUGUUUUCCCGGCUGCCUCACCAUUCAGAUCCGUACAGUCCUGUGCGUGCUAAUAGUGCUGCUAAUCUACUCCGUGGCACAGGCGUGCGUGGUGGGCUGCAUGCCCUGGCUCUGGGCCUCCACCUCCAACACCUCUAUAGUGAUCAUAGACAUAGUGGGUGGAGCUAACCGCACCAUGCCGGAGCUGCCCUGCGACGGGGUGCAGUACGCCUUCCUGGCGUGUGUGGUAGCCACGGUUACCAUGGCGCUGUUCCUGCGAGUGUCCUGGCUGCCCAAGCUACUCCUGCUGCUCCUGCUGGCUGUCAGCUUCAUCACUGUGCUGGAGCUGAGUGGAUAUCGCCGAACCGUGACCGGUGCGGGUGUAGGUUCACUGAACGUUCGCUCGUAUGAGCCCAUCCUCUCCCUGCUGCUGUUCUCCAGUGCUCUGGCUCUGCACUCACGCCAACUCGAGCUCAAACUGCGCCUUGACUUCCUCUGGGCCACACAGGCUGAGGAGGAGAGGGACGGGAUGGAGAAGGUGAAACUAGACAACAGGAGGAUUCUGUUUAACCUGCUCCCAGUUCAUGUGGCUCAACACUUCUUAAUGUCCAAUCCCAGGAACAUGGAUCUAUAUUACCAGUCCUACUCCCAGGUCGGCGUGCUCUUCGCCUCCAUUCCCAACUUCAACGACUUCUACAUCGAGCUGGAUGGAAACAACAUGGGUGUGGAGUGUCUGCGUCUCCUCAACGAGAUCAUCGCUGAUUUCGACGAGCUUAUGGACAAGGAAUGCUACAAAGACAUUGAGAAGAUCAAAACCAUCGGCAGCACGUACAUGGCAGCAGUGGGUUUGGUUCCCACUACAGGCAGCAAGGUAAAAAAGUCCAUUUCAACUCACCUUAGCACAAUCGCAGACUUCGCCAUCGAAAUGUUCGACGUCCUCGAUGAGAUCAACUACCAGUCUUACAAUGACUUUAUCCUGAGAGUGGGUAUUAACGUAGGUCCAGUGGUGGCCGGGGUUAUUGGGGCUCGCAGGCCUCAAUACGAUAUCUGGGGCAACACUGUAAACGUGGCCAGCCGUAUGGACAGCACCGGAGUCCCGGGAAAGAUCCAGGUGACAGAGGAAGUGCACCGGAUUCUACAGAACGACUAUGACUUGGUAUGUCGCGGCAACAUCAGUGUCAAGGGUAAAGGUGAAAUGGUGACCUACUUCCUGGAGGGAAGGUCUCAAGGCGCAGGUCCGAGGGCACCUGAGAGGCGCAGGAGCACGUACGCCAUAGGCCGUGCCGCCAGGGUCGGGGUCGGAUCCGCACAAAGCUCCGCCCAAGGCCGCCCUGCGUCAUAUAUCGUCCACGAGGAGGACGGUGAGGAUGAGACCGAAGGGGACGAAGGAGAGGUUUAAGAUGAGCAUCAGCGUCAGUACGGAAUGUCAGAAAGAUAGAUAAUAAAGAUCUUUCUUCGUACUGAGCCCAGGGACAAAGACGAGGCAGAACACCAGGCAAGUCCGCCGCGAAGAUUUUACAAAGCUACAAUGUGGAAAUCUGAAAGUUGGAAUUUUUGUCUUCCCUUUGUAACGUGAUCGACAACCUGCUUGGGUUUCGGCGACUGAAAUCUGCACACUCGUCUUUUUUUCCAAUCAGAGGCACGGCUGGGGAUCACAGACACACACACACACAAACACCCUGUUUAGCGGGUCGUUUUUGUGCACAAGCAAAAUAAAUAAACUUGAAAUCGAUAAUUUAUAAUAUUUACAUCAGGACUGAUGUUUUUUUUUUUUUCUGUAUUGUACGCCAAGACUACCUGAUUCGAUGUAAAUACUUUGGUGUUCUAUAAAACCUUGUGUACAUUUUGUAUGCUGUUCAGUGAGAUUGAGUGGUGCUGAGUGCGCAUGCAUGUGAUCGAGACGUAACCGUCAUAGCACAGACGACGUUUUCAAAGCAAUUGAUCGAUUCUAUAAAGCUUUAUAGGCUUUUUUUUUUUCUUGGUGUCGCUAAAUUUACGGAUCUUUGUGUAGCUGUUGAUUAAUCAGGGAGGGUGUCCGACACCCAAACUGCUCUACUUGGUUUGGUAUUUUUCAGGUUAUUAUGCGACUUGCCUUGCUGCACUGACGACUUUUCUAACUUGAGAUUUUGCUUAACUUUCUUAUCAGGGCACUUCUAUUAGACAUUAACAGACUUCACACGUGUACAUGCGACUACAAGGACACGUGCUAACAACAAACUAUAGACGUUAUGUUUAUAAUGGAUUCCUAAUCACGUGUCGAUGGUUUCAGAGGUUGUUAGCACAACGAGUAUUAUUAGCAAAAACGAAACACGAUGAUCAUUAGCAAAUUCUGAAUAUUUGAGUUCGGUUUUUGCUCUUGCUUUUUUUCAAGGCAUGCUUUCACGAAUGUUUUAUCAAUAUAAAGUCACAGGGAGCUUUCACAGCUGCAGGCUUUAGUCAGUUUGAACAGAAAGACUAUUAGCAAACACAAAAAAAACAAAAGGGGCUGAGAGUCUGGUUUCAGUUCUGAUUACACUUCUGAAUGAACCCUAGUGAGAAAUCGAUUUGAGUCUGAAUCGACAUUUCUGCAUUAAAAGACUCGAACAUGCCACAGGUUUUAGGUAACAGUCAGGGUUGCCAGGUCUCAGCAAAUUUUCCAAUCCAAAAAAAUGUCCAAACAAUGGAAAAGUGGAACAAAACAAUCGGAAGAACGAAAGAAGGCAUCCGAGACUCUGGUCACUCUCAUUUCCAAGUGAAUCCUUGUGACAAAGUGAUUUGACUCAGGAAGUGAAUCAAACAUGCCGUACUGUAGAUGUUGAGUUGCAGUCAGGGUUGCCAGCUCCCACCAAAAUUUUCAGGGCAGAAAAAUGGAGAAAAAACAACCAGAAACUGAUUUGACACUGAAUCGACUCUUUUGCUAUGAAGUGAAUCAAACUUGCUAUGAGAUUUGAGGUCUUAGCAAAAUUUCUGAAAGAAAAUAAAUAAAUAAAUAAAUAAAUAAAUAAAUAAAUAAAAUAAAAAGUGAGAUGAUAAUAUUCGAAUUUGACUGAGAAAUUUGGUUGAAAAACAGCAACCAUGGCAACCCUAUUGAAUCAAACUGCUAUCCUGAGCCUCAAGGCGCAAACUGAACACUACUGACAAAAUCUUUUAAAUGUUUAUAGACAUUCAUGUCAUUAUUUGACAAUUUGUUUGGUUGUUUUCUCACAACUUCGCUUGACAUUUUUUCCACAUUUAGAUUCCUACACACUGCUACACACUCCCUCCAGGACUGAUUGCUCUUGCGACCCCAGAAAUUUCAUAUGAAAUCAUGCAAAUUGUUCAGAAACGUUUGCAUUUAUACAAAUUCUCAGAUUUUCAUACCUGUCUUCACUGCAUGGACUUUAUAAACAUAAUCCUGUGCUUGUGAAUUCAAGUAGGUUUCAGAAAAAAAAAACACACAAAAAAAACCUCAAGCUACAAAAUUAAGCAUUUUUCACCACAAACACACACACACACACACACACACACACACACACACACCCCUGCACAAUCCUUGAGAGAAGUUUUUUUUAACCUAAAUUACGUUUUGCACCAAUAAAACACACAAGGAUCGUCUACAAUAUACUGACAAAUCACUGACACUGGAGACUUCAGCAUAUCAACAGGGUCAACACUGUCUAUUUAUUUAUUUAUUUAUUUAUUUAUUUUAAUUAUUUUUUAUUAAUUAUUAUAAAAAUAUUAUUAUUAAUUUUAUCUGAUUUAUUUGAAUGUUUAUUCCAAUGACAGUAUACGGAAUAUAAUUAAUAUAAACCUGCGAUUCAAGGCAACUAAUCAACACCUCCUGACCAAACAGAAGGCAGAAUUCAGCAGGGUUCUAAUAUAGUAUUCAUUAUUUAACGCAAUUCUGUUAUCGCUUGUUGUUUUGGUGUGUUAAAGCUUUGGUUUAAUGACAGAUUCAUUUCAAUUAAACAUAAACGAAGAGUACAGAACUGAAGGAUUACCACAGCUGCUCUGUUAUUGAAAACUUUCUUGUUUAUUCCAUGAUACUGAAUCAAUAAUGAUGUUUCUUUCACAUGUUGCUCGAUUUGUUUGACCGAUCACGGACUUCCGAUAAUGAACCAGCCACGGACUGCUCGAUCUCGUCCCGGACUGGACCGCAUCAAUAAAAAAAAUGUUUUCUGCCUUAUUUUUCAAGCUCUAGUGAAUGAACUCUUUGCCUUGAAGCUAAUGCUCUUUGAUAUGCAGAUGUUUGUAAAUGCAGUGGUGUGUGAAGCAUCUUCUCUACAAAGCUGAGCAGUAGACCAUUUUGUAAUGAAUACAGCACUGAAGUAAAAAACUCUUUCUCCACGGAGCUUGUGAUUUUUCUUAGCGCAGGAUGAGAAGUGUGUGAAAUGAAAUGAAGAAAAAAGAAGGAAGGAUAAAAGAAAUGAAAAGCUCACAAUGCUGCUUAAGGACAUUAUUAUUAUUAAUAUAAUUAUUAUUUUUAUAAGGCAUCAAAUAUCUUUCUUCUUCUUCUUCUUCUAUAGACAUUGUGUCACUAGCACCCCAUAGAACCAUCUGGUAAAAACCAUCAGCUCAAAUUUAGACCUAAUUUUGGGGUCAUAUGUUUUUCAUUGUUUGAAAUAUAAAAUGUAAAAAAACCACUUGAAAGUAUCCCUGGACCCUGUGUGCAUCCCUGUACCUCGAUUUCCACCUAUUUAAUUUUUUAAAGCUGUUUACUUUAUAAACUUUAUACAUUAGAUUAGGUUUGGUGAUUUGAACCCUGAGGUUUGGGCCUGAUUUUCAUGAUCUACAUACAAGUGCUAAUUUUAAAUCAAUCCAUUUAGCAUUAGUCAGCACAGCUUAUGCUAAUUAUUAAUACAACUACUACUACUACUAAUAAUAAUAAUAAUAAUAAGGUCCAAACAAACUUCACAUCAAUUCACAACGUCUAAUAAUAAAUCAUAUUUAGGACAUACUUACAUACAAGUAUACAUGCUAAUAGUUAGCUAAACGCUAACUAGCUUGUUAGCAUCGCGGCUACUGGUUUACAUAAACAUAAUAUUUAGCCUGAUGCUAACUAGCUUGUGAUUCAUUCAGAGAUCUGAACAGUUUAUAUCAUGAAUGACUUUUAUUAAACAACACACCAGAUCCGUCUGAGGUCUAAUGAAUAAACCCCGUAUUAUGGUGACAGAAUUAAAUAAACUGGAUAAUCUGAUGUCCGAAAGCAUCCUUUAAACCUGUGCUGUGUUUUCUUUAUAGUUUCGUGUGUUUCAGACAAACAGCUUCAUGAGACGGAUUAAAAACCUAAAUAGCCACAAGUCUCCGAGGGCCCUCUAGUGGCUGAGUUACGGAGCUGCAGCUCCUCUGGUCCUUUGGACCUACUAAUUCUAAUUCUAAUGAUGGUGCACGGUGACGUCACAUGGACAGAACUUCCACAGAACUUACACACGACGUGUAGAAAUGGCUGAUUUGGACAAAAACCCUAAACUGGAGAGAGAGCAAUCAGAGCCAGUGGCCUCCUGCAUCAGUCAGGAGCUUAUGGAGAAAGACAGCAUGCUGAAAACAAUGCAGGAGGAAAAUGAAGUGAUGGCUAAAAAGUUAAGAGAGCUUGAGGAGAAUAAAGAGAGAAUGGAAGAGAUCAGAAAGGCAGAGCAGAGAAAUAAUCUGCGUGAAGAAAUGAAGAGAGCUCUCACAGAUUUUAAGCAGGAACAGAUGGAGAGAGAUCGAGCUAUUCAGACGCUUUUGGAGGAUUUGAUCAGGAUGCUAAAAAAUCUGAAAGAAGCUCAGGCUCAAAUAAAUAAAGAGAAAGACACAAAAGCGAGAGAUGGAACAGAUGACAAGAAUAAAGUAGUUACUCUGAAGUCAGGGGAUGUGGAAACCAUGUUUUUUGUAAGCAGAGAGCAGCAGGACAGAGAGGAGGCCGAGCUGGGGGACGAGAGGAUACAAGAGCUUGAGAAGGAAAACCAGAGACAGAAGGAGCUCAGAAAAGUGGAGCUGAAUAAUCUGCAAGCAAACACGUGGAGAGAAUUUAGAGGAUUAAAGAAAGAGCUGGAGGAGAGAGAAAUGGUUCACCUGGUACAGACAGAGGAAUUACUGACAAAGAUAAAGAAUCUGGAGCGAAACCAGUCUCAGAUAGAAGAAGAUCUGUCUGAUGCUAUGAUGGACUCAGAAAAGCAGACUGGAGAGAUAGAGGAGAAAGACAACACAAAGGCAGAAGAGGAUGAGGAGCAACUCACCCUGAAGGUGCGAGAGCUGGAGGAGAGGAACGCUGCACUUCUGCAACACAUCUGUGAGCUUCAGGCUAACAUCACACUCUUUGUGGAACGAGAAAUGAUAGCUGACUCGAUGAUACAGGUCUUACAGAAAGACAAAGAGGACCAAAUGAAAGAGAUAGAGAUCUGGAAGAAACAGAGAAUGUUAUGGGAGGAGGCAUCAGAAAGAUGGGAGAUAGACAGAAAGCAGAUGGAGGAAGAGAAAGAGAGAUGGAAGAAAGAAAAAGAGUGCUGGGAGAAAGAGAAAGAGUGCUGGGAGUAUAUUAAGCAGAACUGGCAGAAAGAGAGAGAGAACAGAAUGAAAGAGAAAAAAGCCUGGGAUGAAGAGAAAAAGACGUAUCUGGAAGAGAGACGUUAUAUGAGAACUGCGUACGGUCCUAUGUGGUUUUAGCGAGAGGAAGAAAUGCACAAGUUUAAUGCAGAUUUUUCCAUUUUUUCCAAAUUCUUGACAUUUCUUGUACUAUUUUUUUGGACAUUAUACAGAGUUGUGGUGAGAAUUAUUGUUAACAAAUGCAUUUGGUAAUUUGUAGGAUGUUAUUUUGACUGAAAUGUUUAUUCAGGUCACUCUCGUGUUACAUGAAAAAAUUAUUAAAAAAAGAUCUGUAAAAUCAACAA